AUGGAAGCACUGAGUUUUCUGAGUGGUGCUGGGAUAGCCAGCAGUGCCAAAUACUUUGACAUCCGCCUCGAGGAUCGAUAUGUCGUCUUCCGCGGCGGCGAAGACGAGGCAGCCAGCUUCCAUUUGCGCGGUACCUUGGUGCUGUGUCUGUCGGAACCGCUGACCAUCAAACACUUAAAGCUGUCUCUGACAGGCAUGUCGCGCGUGUGCUGGCAUCUCCCCUCCAGCGCGACGUCCGGCGGUCGCAAACCUUUCAAGGAAAAAGUCUUCUUCGAGAAAUCGUGGAUAUUCCGCGAUGCUGGCAAGGGAAAGACCGAGAUCUUGCCCGCCGACAACUACGAAUUCCCCUUCGACGUGAUCUUGGAGGGCUCGCUGCCAGAGAGCGUGGAGGGCCUACAUGAUACGUGGGUUACGUAUCGCUUCAAGGCAGAGAUAGGCCGCAAGUAUGCGCGCGACAUUGCCAUUCGCAAGCCGGUGCGCAUUGUGCGGACUCUGGACCCGAGUGCGCUGGAACUGGCACAUGCGAUGUCGGUCGAGAACAUAUGGCCGAACAAGGUCGAAUACUCUAUCAGCACCCCCAGCAAGGCGGUGAUAUUCGGCACCUCCGUCCGCGUCGACUUCCGGUUGAUCCCCCUGCUCAAAGGCCUGAAGAUUGGCCAAAUUACGUCGCAGCUGAUCGAAACACACGAGCUGACCCUAAACCCCGACGACCCACUAACGGUGCAGAACACGUACAAGUCCACGCGCACCAUCAAAACCGAUGAAUACGAAUUGGACGAGGACCGCCAGCUCGAAAUCAUCGAUGAGGCUGCUGAGGGCUUCCAAUUCCAUCGUUUCCUAGACCUACCACACACCUUGUCUCGUUGCUUGCAGGAUGCAGAGGUGAAGGGCAUCAAGAUUCGUCAUAAGCUGAAAUUCCGCGUCCAGCUGCACAACCCAGAUGGGCAUACAAGCGAAUUACGUGCUACCCUGCCAGUGUCCGUCUUUAUCUCUCCAAAUAUGGCCAUUGACGACAAUAAUACUCUAGUGGAACACAAUCCAGAAGCCGCCAGACAAGCAGUCGACGAACUCGCCCACCAAGCACCCCCGCUCUACGGCGAACACACCUUCGACCAGCUGUACAGCGAAGUCGACAUCAGCGGCUACCGCACACCAGGACCAAUGAGUGGCUCAGUUACACCAUUUGGCACCCUGAGCCGCAACAUUUCAUCCGAAGACCUUACUUCUCUCAAUGAAGCCGUCUUUAGCGGCGAUAUCUCAGCGUCGGCACUGCACAGUCGUCUGAGCCGGCUGCACGCGGUACACGGCAGCCACGCCUCGUCCCCCGGCACCCUCGAAGCCCACGAUGUCGACCACCCGCAGCAGCCCGCCACCGCUUCUCACCCAUCGCCCGACUAUUUCAACCUCCCAAACCGCCAUUCCGCAUCCAACUCGCACAGCCCCGAGGGUCCCAGCCAGACUGGUUCUCGCCGGGCAUCCGACGAACACGACCGCGAACAGCUCGACUCGGGCCUGACGUCUGGAGCCGCUACGCCGUACCAUCCACAGUCCUACGAAGUCGAGAAUUUGAGCCGGGUACCCAGUUACACCACGGCAAUGCGGACAUCAGCGCGGACCCAUGUCGACAGCUAUCUUCCAGACUAUCAGGCUGUGAUUUCGAGCUCGGCGCCCCGGCCCCCGCCUUUACCACAGCAGGUGCAUCUUCGCGGUGGGGGUACACGCAAUUCGUGGAUGACGAGCGAGUCGCCCAGAGCGUUAUAUUAA